CUUUGUACUCAGCAGGAUGAGAUGAGGGGGCGUGGCUUAUUCCUCUCAUGCAGACAGAGAGAAAAAAAAAUGCUGUGACAUCUUGUCCACAACAGACUCAGAACUGUGGACGACAGUAAAAGAAAACCCUCUGAACUACAGAACUUCCUGCCAAACAAACAGAUGUAACGUGGCAGAAAAAUGAGCUGCCUGAGUCAUUACUACGGUACCGAGGUCAUGAAGAACAGCCAUGGUCAGAAACUAUCCCGCCGCCAAGAGAAGGUAUUCUGGAAGACAAGUGGGUGGAUAUGUGGCUAGAGGAUGAAGACAGGCCUAUAAAAGACUUUUGUUGCUCUAUGCAGAAGAAAAGGGAAAUAAGGAAAAAACAGGAGAGAAAAAUAGCAAAGAAGACAGGAUGGGAGUCUUGGAAGGACGAAAGAACAAGAUCUUGGAGAAAAUUUAAGAGUAUGACAUCAGGUGUUCUACAAUACUUUGUUCUAUGGAAAGGCACUCUGCAAACUAUUGGAGGUCAAUUUGGAACUGGAAUACAGUCAUACUUCACUUUCCUGAGGUUCUUGGUGCUCAUGAACUUUGUUACAUUCCUCCUUAUUGCUGGAUUCAUUGUGAUUCCCAACAUCGCUUUUAAUGAACUGGGUUUACAACAGACCUUUCCCAUUUUUAACAUUAGUGAUAAGUGUUUUGAGUACAAUCCGAAUCCACAAGGACUACAGAGAUUUUACAUUUAUAUUAUGGACAUCCUCAUGGGAACGGGAUUUAUGGAGUUAACUUACAUGUUUUAUGGAUUCUACAAGAAGAUGUCUGUGAAUUUGGCUUCUUUUUCUUAUAAUAUUCCUCUAGCCUAUCUUGUAACAACUCUGGUUUACUUUCUUCUCAGUUUGCUGUGGACAGUGACCAGAUCAGUUCAAGGUUUCAAGCAGAGUUUGAUAACAGAAAAUUCAUCAAUGGCAAAUUACACAGAUAAAGUUCUCGCAGGCUGGGAUUUCUGCUUCAAAGAUGAAAAGAUUGUAAAGCUGAAGCAGAGAAGUAUUCGCUACGAGCUAAAGGUUACUCUUGAAGAGGAAAAAAUGAGGCAUCUCCGUGCACAACGUACCAUGGGUCAAAGAAUUGGUAUUUACUCGAUCAGAGUCUUCCUCAAUUUCAUUGUGAUCGGCCUCAUAUGUGGCGCUUUCUAUUGUAUCUAUCGCUCUACACAAGAAUCACAGAAGCUGCUUGAAUCGGAAUCAGUGAAGGGUAACUUUAUCCUGGAACUUCUGGCUGGUUAUCUGCCUUCAAUCGUCAUCACUGCUGCCAACUUCCUUCUACCGCUGUUAUUUAAUAUCAGUAUCAAGUGGGAGAAGUAUACGCUCAGCAUGGAAAUAAGGCUGACACUAAUAAGGUGCGUAUUUCUGCGGCUGGCCAGUCUAGGAAUGUUGCUAUACUCUCUGUGGAACAACAUUACUUGUGAAAACAUGGACAACAAAACACCGUGUGAGAUGUGCGGAUACAAUUAUGACUACAGUAAUUGCUGGGAGACACGGGUCGGUCAGGAGAUGUAUAAACUGCUGAUCUUUGAUUUCCUCACCGUCUUGGUGAUGAUACUACUGGUGGACUUCCCACGAAAGAUGAUAGUUGACCACUGUUCAUGUAAGCUUAUCCAGUUUUGGGGCCAGCAGGAAUUUUUGGUCCCCCCGUUUGUGCUGGACAUUAUCUAUGGUCAGACAGUUUGCUGGAUCGGAACCUUUUUCUGCCCUUUUCUUCCUCUCUUAAACACAAUAAAAUACUUUAUAAUAUUUUAUAUGAAAAAGGUAACACUAUUCAGCAACUGCCGACCAGCCGAUCGCACGUUUCGAGCAUCCAGUGCAAACUUCUUUUUCCUGCUGGUAUUGCUCCUUGGUCUUGCUGUAUCUUGGGUGCCAGUUCUGUAUAGCAUAUUUUCUAUGACUCCAUCCAAAGCCUGCGGUCCCUUUAGGAACCAGGUGUCUAUCUGGGAUACCAUCUCCACAUCAGUUGAGGCAUUACCAACAGUUGCAAGGGAGUUCCUGCAGUUCAUUGCCUCACAGGCAUUUGUGGUACCAUUGUUCUGCCUUUCAUGUAUUGUCAUGUUUUACCUCAUGGCACUUGGAAGUUCAUAUGGAAAAUUAGUGAGUGCACUCAAAGACCAACUGCAAAUGGAAAGAAGUAGAAAGAUACUUCUGAAUCAGGCGUACCAGUAGACACAGAUUCAAAAACAUCAAUGAAGAUGUCCACAAGUAUAAACAAUCUGAAGUGGAUGGAUGUUAUUUUUUUAGCAAACCUGCACAUAUAGCACAGAACAUGAGUUGGAGUCAUGUUUGACAUUAGUAUAACUGUAAUGUUAUUGCUUGAAGCCCAUGAGCCGGUAGCUUUAAUCCAUUAUGGAACUAGAAAGCUCGGAUGGUCCCUGAGGAGGCUGAAGAGUCUAAUGACAGAGCAGCAUUAAUAAUAAUCCCCAUGUCCAACCCAAAAAAACAUAAUUUUCAUAUAGGUAAAAGACCACCACAAGCCCCACACCAAAAUAUGUGCUAUCUUUCUAUAGUGGAAGCAAAUCAUUUCAUAUCAAUAAUAUUGCUCCAAUUUUUAUCAUCAUUUUCAAAAUCUAUAUAAGGUCAGAUAUCUCAUAUUAUCUUGUAGAAUGCCAGCAGAUGUGAUUGAAUCCAUUGCAUUUCUUGAACAAAAAUAUUCAAGCAGGGACAACAUCAAUACCAGGCAAAACUAGGAAGAUGGCAGGGACCACUAGACAGAGACCCUACAAUUACAAUGUACAGUAGAUCAAUUUACCACAUCAUUUGGAGCUGCCCAUUAAUGGGGUACUCUGGAACAGUUUGUUCCAAACACUGAGCAGCGAACGCUGGAGACGGCGCCGAGAGCUUGUGAUGUCAUAGCCCCGCCCCCUCAUUAU